AUGUACACAUCUACAGAUGAGAAGCAGAACUACCCUGAGAGAUCUCCACGUCAAAAAGUUGACACGCAGAAAACUUCAGAGAACAAUCCUCUUCACGAAGCCUGUAGGAAGGGGGACCUGGACCAGGUGAGACGCAUCCUGUCCCGGCGUUUGGUCGACGUCAACGGUAGAGACGAGGAGCACGGGAGGACGCCACUCAUGGCGGCGGCAGAGAAGGGACACAGACGAAUCUUUGACUUUCUUAUUAGAAAAGGAGCUAAUGUGUCACAAGGAGAUGGUGAUGGUAACAACAUCCUGCACUUGGCCUGCAGAGGUGGACAUAUGGGUAUGGUGAGGUAUGUACUUAAACAAAACAGUGUUGAUGUUAACAGUAGAGCAAAGAAGGGAAGAACUCCCCUGAUGAUGGCUGCAUGUCAUGGACACAGAGAUGUGUUUGAGUUUCUCGUGAGUAAGGGAGCUAAUGUGUCACAGGUGGAUGAUUACGGAGACAACAUCCUGCACUGGGCCUGCAGAGGGGGACAUUUUGGCAUGGUGAGGUAUUUACUGUCUGAAUACAGUCUUGAUAUUAACAGUAGGGGAAAGUACGGAUCAACUCCCCUGAUGAAGGCUGCAUCUGAUGGACACAGAGAUGUGUUUGAGUUUCUCGUGAGUAAGGGAGCUAAUGUGUCACAAGUAGAUGAUAACGGAGACAACACCCUGCACUGGGCCUGCAGAUGGGGACAUUUAGGCAUGACGAGGUAUUUACUCUCAGAAUACAGUGUUGAUAUUAACAGUAGGGGAAAGUGCGGAUCAGCUCCCCUGAUGAUAGCUGCAUAUCAUGGACACCGAGAAGUGUUUAGGUUCCUUGUGAGUAAGGGAGCUAAUGUGUCACAAGUAGAUGAUGGCGGCACCAACGUCCUGCACUGGGCCUGCAGGGGCGGACAUGCGGGUAUGGUAAAGUAUGUACUUACACGAUACAGUGUUGAUGUUAACAGUAGAGCAAAGAGAGGAAGAACUCCCCUGAUGAAUGCAGCAUAUUAUGGGCACAGAGAUGUGUUUGAGUUUCUCGUGAGUAAGGGAGCUAAUGUGUCACAGGUGGAUCAUUACGGAGAAAACAUCCUUCACUGGGCCUGCAGGGGCGGACAUGUGGGUAUGGUGAAGUAUGUACUUACACGAUACAGUGUUGAUGUUAACAGUAGAGCAAAGAUAGGAAGAACACCCCUGAUGAAGGCUGUAUAUUAUGGGCACAGAGAUGUGUUUGAGUUUCUCGUGAGUAAGGGAGCUAAUGUGUCACAAGUGGAUGACGACGGCGACAACAUACUUCAUUAUGCUUCAUUUGGGAGACAUGUGAAGAUGGUAAAGCAUAUCCUAUCACAGGACAUGGUGAACAUUGACAGUAGAGGAAAGUACGGAAGGACAGCAUUAAUGAGAGCAGCGUAUAAUGGAAAUAUACAAGUGUUUGAUCUACUUGUGAGUAAAGGUGGUCAAACUCCCUUUACGGAUGACAAUGGUGACAACAUCCUUCAUCUGGCCACUCUUCGUGGACGUGUGGAGAUGGUGAAGCAUGUCCUCUCACAGAACAUGACAGACAUUAACGCCAGGGACAAGGAUGGGGAAACUGCAGCGAUGAUAGCAAAGCGUAAAGGACAACACGGAGUGUAUAACCUUCUUGUUUCGCGUGGCUGCCCAGUGGAAUAA